AUGAACAUGUUGGACGUAGAAGACGACAGCUUUCACGUCACACGUGAAGGCUACUCCCAACUGAGUGACUCAGAAUGGGAGGUAGUCGGCCGCAUGAGUGUGCUCAUGGGCGAACCCGCCAUCAGUGGUAUGUUGAAGUCUCCAAGCAGAGACCAGCAACAUGCUGCUAUCAACAAGUUCCUACAAGGGGAACUUGCCGUCGAACGACAGAAGAUAGCUUUGCUACAGCAGCAAGGAUCUCAUCAGUCGAUGGGCGGGCGCGGGUCGACGCAUGUGCGUCGGCCCGGGUGA